CCCUGUAAGUACAAAUGAGCCAUUCCUUAAAGGGAAGAUGGCGACGUGGGGGAGCAAAGAGGGGAAGGUCGAGAUAGAUGGUCAGUCUGUAGGAUUUGAAGAUAACUUUGACCCAAAUUUCCACCAUUCACAAACUGAGCCACCAGAAGAUAUUACUGAAAACAAGGAUGAGAACGGCAGGUCUCCUCGGUGGCCAAGUGAAGAGGAAUCCAACAAAUACAUCGCUUCUUUAGAAGCAAGACUGAAACACAUGAAGGGUAACAAGGAGUCUCAGCUGACAUCUAAGGAAAUGCUGAAGACUCUGGAAGAUUCCAAGAUGGACCACAUGAGGCACUUGGUGGGAGGAGAGGAGGCUCUCCGAGGUCCGUACAUCUCAGCAAUGUUGCCAGAUGAGGAGCUGGUUUCACCCGGAUGCUUUGCUGUCCCUGGAACUUCAGUGAAGAGGAGAAUUUUCCCUGAGCAACCGCUGACUGUUAAUGAAAUGGAAGGUCUGCUUGAACUGGAUUCAGAGGAACCACAACAAGGAGAGAAGACCUUACAUGUGGAGAGUGAUAAGGGAGGAGAAAGAUGAAAUUCAAGGCUUCUUUUUUUGACUUUGGUGUGAUGGACAGAAGGAAAGGUCCACAGGAUAGGAACAGAAAAAAAUGCUAACGUUAACGUUAUCAUUACUGAAAUGAAGACUUGAAGGGUGUUGUAAUUGAACUCUAGAUAAAAUAAUUGUCAAAUAGUUUUAAAUACACAGCAAUAAAAUCCAACCAUUUUAUUGUC